GAGAGAGAAAGAGAGAGAGAGAGAGAGUGAGCGAGGGAGAGAGAGAGAGAGCGAGGGAGAGACGAGCGGAGAGCACACAAAUCCGUCCUCUGUAGAACGCCUACACAGUGUCAGAAAUAAAGACACAGUGCUGUAGGUUGGGGGCUAAAGACUUGGUCUGUGUGCAAUCCUGAGAGGUGCGCUAGAGUGGCGUUGUGAGAAAACACAGAAUAAGCUGGGGGGAAAAAGAAAAACAGCUAAGGGGAAAGAAAAAAGAAGAUCAGAAGACAAAGCCUUGAGACACACAGACGUUUCUUGUCGUUUCAGGUAUCGACUGGACAAACAGACAUUGCGUUCCUGGAUGUAGCCUAAAUAUCAAGAGCUGGCUUCCUAACAGACUGUAUACAGUAGCACCAGAUACAUCUUCAAUACCUGUCUUCAAUGAAGAAAGGACACAGGACCAAGGUCUGCCCCUGAAGCUCUGAAGUAAUCCUGAAAGCUCCACUGCACAAGGAUGUAAGAACGAGGAAAUGAGUGAAGACCCAAAACCAUCUUAGUGUGUCCCUCUCCAGAACAUCAAAACAAGUCAUUCUUUGAUAGAAGACUGGAAAAGAUGAAACACACGAAAUUUAAUUUUGCAAACACCAAGUAAAUUUUGGCAGAUAUAACCAAAUAACCAAUCUUUUUUAAAAAAUGAGUGUGAUUACAAUGGUCUUUGUGCUUAUUCAUCUCCUGCUUGGGGUUGCCAGCUCCUUGGUUAUUCACUCAAUCCCCUGGAAGGUACCCUGUCCUCACCAGUGUGUAUGCCAGAUCAAACCCUGGUACUCACCACAGUCUGUGUAUAGAGAGGCUCCAACUGUUGACUGCAAUGACCUGCUCCUCACUCAGUUGCCUACAUCACUCCCUCCAGAGACACAAACAUUAAGGCUGCAGAGCAACCUCAUCAGUUCAGUGGACCAAAGUGAACUCGAGGGUCUUGUAAAUCUAACUGAGCUGGAUCUCUCCCACAACAGUUUCCUCAGCACCUGUAACUUGAAAAUUACUGACCUGCCAGCUGUUCUAAGCCUACACAUGGAAGAGAAUCAGCUGAGGCACCUGCCUGAAGCAGCUUUCUCUGGACUGCCUAACCUUCAGGAAUUGUAUCUCAAUCAUAAUAGGCUCAGAAGUAUUUCGCCAGGAGCUUUCAAAGGUUUAGGUAACCUUUUGAGGCUUCAUCUCAACUCUAACCACCUAAUGAUAAUUGACAGGCGCUGGUUCCAUUCUCUGCCUCAACUCGAAGUACUCAUGACAGGUGGAAAUCCAGUAGACACUAUCCAAGAGCUCAACUUCAAACCUCUUGGAUCCUUGCGCAGCCUAGUGUUGGCAGGUAUGGGCUUACGUGAGGUCUCAGAGCGUGCUCUAGAAGGACUUUUGAACCUGGAGAGCAUUAGCUUCUAUGACAACAACCUGACCAAGGUCCCAAAAGAGGCACUUCAGAAGCUACCAGGCUUGAAAUUUCUGGAUCUUAACAAGAACCCAAUUCAGCUGGUGCAGAAAGGCGACUUCAGGGACAUGCUUCACCUGAAGGAGCUUGGCUUAAACAACAUGGAGGAUCUGGUGUCCAUUGAGCAAUCAGCAAUGGAAAACCUCCCUGAACUAACAAAACUAGAAAUCACAAACAAUCCACGACUGUCUUUCAUUCACCCUCAGGCUUUCCAGAAGCUACCACGUAUGGAGAGCUUGAUGCUCAACAGUAACGCCUUGAGUGCUCUGCAUCGUCAGACUGUGCAGUCUCUGCCAAGCUUACAGGAGAUCAGUCUACACACCAAUCCCAUUCGCUGUGACUGCCUUAUUCGCUGGGUAGGAGCAGAGGAUGACAAGCCAGUUCGUUUCAUUGAACCACAGUCCACAUUCUGCUCAGACCCACCAGAGUUAAAAGCAAGACGAGUGAAAGAAGUCUCCUUCAGGGAGAUGGCAGAUAGCUGCCUCCCUUUGAUUGCCCCAAACAUGUUCCCUUCUUACAUUCAACUGAGACCUGGGGACAACAUAGCCCUGCAUUGCCGAGCACUGGCAGAACCAGAACCAAGUAUUUACUGGGUCAUUCCAAAAGGUUUGAGAUUAACUCCUUCAACAAGGUAUGGACGUUACCAGGUUUUAACUGAGGGCACUUUGGAAAUAUUUGGAGUCACCGCUGAGGAGGCUGGUAUCUACACUUGUGUCGCACAGAAUCUAGUUGGAGCUGACACAAAGAGUCUAACACUAAAAGUGGAGGGAUCUGGCAAGGCACAAAUAACAACCAAUCAAAUAAAUGAAGACAGCCUGCAGGUCCAUGAUGUUACAGAAAGAUAUGCUUUACUGUCUUGGCAUACGGGUCACAACAUCCCUACUGCACGAAUCUCUUGGAUAGCAAAUGGAAGCCUGGAAGACCACCAAAAGCAUAGCAUCAGAAUACUUGCUGGCACUAGGGGCUUCAACCUAUCCCGUCUCCAACCAGGAACCCAUUACAAGGUCUGUCUGCAUAUGGGGUCAAAUGACACCUCAUGUGUCCACCUCAGGACUAAAGAGGAGUUUAUACUACAUCUUUGGGCAGACUUCACCCAUGCAAUCCUACUGAGUUUAUCAGCUUUUUCCAUGAUCGUGUUGGCAGUCAGAGCUUGUCAGUUGAGGACAAUGUAUGACUGGAAAGAGUUUGAAAAAACCCAUUCUACCAUUUUGACCCAGGAAGCAAUGGCUUUCAUGGCACCAGUUUCACUUCAGCAGGACCAGGAUAAACUCUCAGAGGGUGGUGGAAAGGUGCUAAGCGAUGCUAAGCCAGCACAAGAUGUUCCAGGUACUGAGAAAGAGAAAUUUUAAGAUACAUGUUGUUCAACAGCUGAAAGGGAUUAUGUCAGAGAAGCCGUACAAACUUUGUACUCAAAUUACAGCUCAUGGUCCACAUUAACAGACCACUGAACAAAACCAUAUCCUUUUUUUCGCAAGAUUACAAGUGUCCCAAUUAAAACAGUAGUGUCAUAAUAAGAGAUUUCAUUUGUAUUUAUUUUAUAAUGGAAACGAUACAGAACAUAUAUGUAUAGUGAAAGCAUUUUACAUGUAAUCACGUACAAUAUAUACUGAGAAAACAGAGCAGCUGUAAGUGAGCACUAUCAAAUGUUUGCAAGAAGCUUGAAACUUUGAAAGCUGCAUGAACUUUACAUGAAAGUUGCAAGGUGAUAUGAAAUAAUCACAUAUUUUUCGUAUUGCUGGAGACAGAGUUGACCAACAGGCAAAGAAAUUCUGUGAAAUUUAACUUUCGAUUUUGUGACAAUUUGGAAGAAAACUGGUGUUUUUGUUUUGUUUUUGUUUGUUUGUUUCUUUGUUUUGAAGAAUCAUAUUCUCCUUGUGCGAGUUGUUAAAGAGUUAAAUGUUACUUUUCUAUUUUUUAAACUAAUACUCUUUUUCAAAUAAACAGGUCUAAGCAUAGGUACUGAAAGAAUAUGUAAGAAUAUGUAAAAUACAGAAGGGUAUUUUUAAUAUGUUGCAUAACUGUACAUCAAGUAUUUCUCUUUGAUAUUAUGGGCCAUAAUCAGCACACAAUAUGACGUCCAAGCUAUCAAGAGGUAUCUUUGUCUUAGUGUGUGUGUUUGUGUGUAUGUGUGUGCGCGUGUGUGUUUGUCUUUUAAAUGAUGGAUACUUCAAUAUAUGACCAAGGACACAGUAUUACGUGUGAAUCAGGGCUCUGUUUGGCUAUGGAUUUUCUCUUUAUCUCACUCAAAACCAAACAAAAAUUUUGAAAGCAAUCUGCCAAAAGACUGAUUAUCAAGUGACAUUCAGCCCUGAACAGCUUCAUUGUGCCAGCUUCAUAUAUUUUAUGCAUGGGGACAGAAGGAAAAGCCCCAGGACUCUAUGAGGGGUAUUCAUUCUUGCCAACAUGCUGAGUACAAUGAAUGAAACAUGUCCUAUUGUUUAAAAAAGAAAAGAGGCGGUUCUCUCUUUUCUCUCUCUCUCUCUCUCUCUCUCUCUCUCUCUCUCUCUCUCUCUCUUUUGCAAAUACAAUGGAAAGACUGGAUACUGCUAGCAGGGACACACUUGAAGGAAGGGACCACUUGAGUACAAAAUGUCUUUCUUACUCAACAGCUUGCUGUCUGACUUUUUAAGUCAGCGACCCUGCAUCGACAAAAUGGCAUUAACACUGGAAGAAACCUUACCAGGGCCAAAGGACUUGGUCAUUUGUUAACAGGAUUGUCAGCUCUAAGGAUUGUGAGCUUUGCUCUUCUCACUUCUCUACUAUGGGGAUCCCCAUUUUCUACAGUGUCAUUUAUGGUAAAAAAAAAUUGCUGUUUUGUUUGAGUUUUUUGUCAGAUUGUAGUUGAUGUGUCCUCAUGUUACAGAAUUUCUCUUGCUCUAACUAAACUGUCUCUCUUUCCCCUACUAUUUCUUUUCCAUUUGAUAUAAUUCGUUGGCUCUUACUUUCUAUCACCUCAAAUCUGUACAUACACUAAAUCACCCUGAAUUUCCUGUCUGUGUUCAGCUUCCCUUUCAGAAAUUAUUAAGAAGGCUGUGUGUUAAAUUCUAUUUUGAGGUAUUAUUAAACCAUUUUAGACUGA